AUGGCGAUACGUUUGUGCAAGAUACUUCGACGGAGUAACAAAGGAUGGACAUACAAAGGAGGAAAAAAUGCUGCUUCGAAACGAUCAAAAUUUUUGGAUGUUUCAGAGUUUUCCAAAAUGGACGUAAAGACGAAUGUGAGAGAGGAAGACGAAAAUUUAUUUGAACCCCCAUUGGGAGAAAAAGAGGCUUACCCCUCAUACAUGCAACCUGAGGAAAAAAAUAGUUCAGGAUGGUCAGAAAAAUGGAGGAGUGAUGAAAACGUAAAGAAGGAAAAUAUAAAAGUAAAGGAAAGGGGAAAUGAAAAGGAAAAGAGGAAUACUUACCAUUUCUUUUCUUCAGAUAAUUAUGCAUACAAUGUGCCAUAUAACUACAAAGUAGUUAUACCAACAAAAGAAAACACAAUGAAGAAUGACAAAGGAAAUAUACGAGAAGAAUAUAGCAGAGAUACAAACACUCAAUUAAACUACACUGAUUACACAGGUUUUCGAAAUCCUACUUUACAAACAUUUGAAAAUUAUAAAUAUUGGCAAGAUAGUGGAUUUAAAAAAUUUCUUACAAGAAUUUUUCCAAUUAAAUUACCGGAACAUAAAACUGUUGAUCCGUUAUUAAGAGAAUAUAUUUAUUUCUUACACUCGUUUGAUCCAUUUAGAUUUAGUUUUAAAAAAUUAAGUGAGAGAUAUUUUUUUUCAAAAAGCUCUAUAAAGGCUAUAUAUAAAGAAGAAAGUGUGAAGCGGUUUCUUCAAGAUAAUGAACUCUGUAAUGAUAAAACGAAAAGGAUUUCUAAAAAAGAAGCAGUAACAAAAAUUAAAGAAUUAAUAUAUUCGAAAAGAAUUGGGUAUAAAGAUAUUGGUGACCAUGAAAAUGUAAAAAAUGAAGAAGACCAAUUUCAAGGGUACAAAAAUACAUUCGAUCAGAUCAACAGACAAGUAAUUCAAGUCGAGUCCAUUUCUUCGUUUCCUCUACCACAUAGAAGGGAUCCCGUUCCUAAGAGAGUAGACGUCGACAUGCCCGUUUUUAACUCCGCAAAUGUGAAAAUUAUGAACUGGAUAAACCCUAACGAUAGGGUCAUAUUUUGA